AAUAUAACGUUUGGCACGCCACAAGCCCAAGAAACCCCAACCGAUACACGGCAAAUAGAAACCCACCGGCAAAACAAAGCCCUCUCCUUCAUCAAAUCUUCUUCCCCUUCCGAUUCUUUCUUCUUGCCCUUUCCCCAGAGAGAGAGAGGAGAUGGGCGAGAGAGCCAUGGAUCUCUACGAGAAGCUGGAGAAGGUUGGAGAAGGGACUUAUGGGAAGGUGUACAAGGCCCGAGAGAAGGCGACGGGAAGGAUCGUCGCUCUCAAGAAGACCCGCCUUCCUGAGGACGACGAAGGGGUCCCUCCCACUACUCUCCGAGAGGUCUCUCUCCUCCGCAUGCUCUCCAUCGAUCCCCAUGUCGUCAGGCUGCUGGAUCUCAAGCAAGGUGAAAAUAAAGAGGGGAAGUCAAUAUUGUAUCUGGUAUUUGAGUACAUGGACACUGAUCUCAGAAAAUACAUCAAAAGCUUCCGUCAUACGGGCAAGAUGAUUCCACCAAAAAUCGUGAAGACUUUGAUGUACCAACUUUGCAAAGGUGUUGCAUUCUGCCAUGGUCAUGGCAUACUUCAUAGGGAUUUGAAACCUCACAAUCUCUUAAUGGAUCGCAAGAGAAUGAUGCUUAAGAUAGCAGACCUUGGACUCAGUCGAGCAUUCACUAUUCCACUUAAGAAGUACACUCACGAGAUUUUGACACUGUGGUAUAGAGCUCCCGAGGUACUUCUUGGGGCCACACACUACUCCACACCAGUUGAUAUCUGGUCUGUUGGCUGCAUAUUUGCUGAGCUAGUCACAACUCAAGCUCUAUUUGCUGGAGACUCGGAACUGCAGCAGCUCCUUCACAUUUUCAGAUUGUUGGGUACCCCAAAUGAAGAAGUGUGGCCAGGAGUAAGCAAAUUAGCGAAUUGGCAUGAAUUUCCUCAAUGGAGCCCAAAGAGCCUGUUGUCUGUUGUCCCUAACCUGGAUUCUAAGGGGAUUGAUCUACUCACGAGAAUGUUGCAAUAUCAUCCUUCAAAUCGAAUUUCUGCAAAGAAAGCUAUGGAGCACCCAUAUUUUGAUGAUCUGGAUAAAACAAAUUUGUAAAACGGUGCUGCUACAUUUCUUGAAAAAUAGCCCUACUUUCUGACAAAUUGUGGCUGACGUCAGUUGUUUUUCUGUUUUAAUUGCUUUCCUCAAGCAAUGCCCUUUGAUUAACGUAAACAUGUUAUCAACUUUUACACUACUUUUCAGAAUAUAUCACAAACUCGGAGGAAUAUUACACUUUACUAUCCAA